AAGAAGAAGCAGAUAGCAGAAGACGACGACGACGCAAAGGGCCUGCGUAAGAAACGAAUAGCACUCAGCAGAAAGAUUCCCUGGGGCUACAAGAACCAUGCUUCCAGCGAACCAGGUUCCAGAUGCCUUUUUCGGCUCGAGGUCUACGGUUAAAGUUGUGGCUCUGUUUUACCUGUUCUUUCACGCUGGGUGCCUUUACUACUCUGUACGAAACUUCCUUUUGAACCAGGAGAAAGUCGAACUCAAUUCGGAAGGAGUUAAUCCUGAUGCUGAGGCAGUCUACAAGACCGGCACGUUCCUGUAUGCAGUCAGAGCGGCUGUCAACAUCAUGAACGUGCUGACGGAGGCCAUGGUCGUACUCGCAUGCUGCAAGGCAAAUAAUGGCCCUGUGAAGAGCAGAAGCUACAGUUCUGUUGUACGCUGUUGCAAUGACGUAAGGGAUGCCUCUGCAUUGUACGUUGGAUCUUCCAUGGUGCUUACCAUGGUCUCCUACGCGUGUCGUAUCCUAGAAUUGAAUCUCCUCUUUUUCACAAAGUUCGACACCAUCGAGCUCAUGAAUCUCAAGCAAAAGCUACUCGGAAAAGGCAAAAUGGAAGACCCGGAAUAUAACGGCCAUAUUGUAUCGACGUAUGUGGCGUUGGCAGCCGUAAACGGCCUUAUGGUUGGAUUUAAGUGCCUUGUGUUUUCGAGGAUAUUUGAGGAGUACUGCACUAUGUACGACAUCAUGGCUCCACAUCAGCCCCUGACACCUGUUGCAGUCAAAGCCGAACCAGCUGUUGGAGCCGGUGCAAAAGACGCGCCAGGUGCACCUGCAGCUGGACAACAAGGAUAAGCGUGAAAGAUAACCGACAGGACGAGCUUGGAAUUUCAGCACAAUAGGCUCUACGACUUCUGCGGAGCUGUUCUUUCGGCGUCUUUUCCACGUUUAUUAUUUCGCUUUUGUCGUAUGAAUUUAUUCCCAACGUUCACGAUAAAAUGAUAAAUAACUUACGGCGUCAUAAACUGAUCGAAACCUAUG